UGGCCGAAAAAUAUAUAAGCUGAAAUCAAAAGAAUCAGAAUUUGAUUUGAUUUCAGAUAUUCUUCAAUCUCGAACCGAACGGAAUAGACAAAUGUAAGAAAACGACAUCGUUAAGUCGAAUUAUGCAGGCUUUCGAUCUCCCUCUUCAAUUAAUUAACUUCUAAAUUACCCAAAAAUCACCCUCUUCUCUCCAAUAUUAAUUUUUAGAUAAUUAACAAAUGGUGUCUGCUGCAUUGCACAAGUCCAUUGCUGCUGUGCAGCUGCAUAGUUACUGCAGCAGUGAUUCUGGCUCUUCCAAGAAAUUUGGAAAUUCAUCACUGCAAUUCUUCUCCAACGUUGUCGAACUAGAUGUUAAACUGCAUAAUAGAGGAAUAUGUAGUUCGAGCAAUUCAUCAUCUUGUCGUACUUCAGCGGUGGAUCCUGUUUUGUCUACUUCGCAUCCUACUGGCGAUUAUAAUCAGACAACAUCAAAUGAAUCUUCUUUGAUAUUAAUUCGACAUGGCGAGUCUAUGUGGAAUGAGAAGAAUUUAUUCACCGGCAGCGUUGAUGUACCUUUAACUAAAAGAGGCAUUGAGGAAGCGAUUGAAGCUGGUAGGCGGAUCAGUAAUAUACCGGUGGACAUGAUUUACACGUCUGCGUUGAUUCGUGCACAGAUGACAGCUAUGCUUGCUAUGACUCAACAUCGCUGCAAAAAGGUUCCUGUUGUGAUGCAUGAUAAGAGCGAACAGGCAAAAGCAUGGAGUCAAAUUUAUAGCGAUGAGACCAUGAAACAAUCUGUUCCAGUUAUUACAGCUUGGCGGUUAAAUGAAAGAAUGUACGGGGAGUUACAAGGUCUUAACAAGGUAGAAACAGCUGAAAGAUAUGGCAAGGAGAAAGUCCAUGAAUGGAGACGGAGUUUCGACAUCCCUCCGCCAAAUGGCGAGAGCUUGGAAAUGUGUUCUAAAAGAGCUGUUGCCUAUUUUACAGAAAAGAUUGAACCUCAGCUUCAAUGUGGAAAGAAUGUGAUGGUUGCUGCCCAUGGGAAUUCACUGAGGUCUAUCAUUAUGUACCUUGAUAAAUUAACCACGCUGGAGGUUAUGAAUCUAGAAUUAUCUACCGGCGUUCCGCUACUUUACAUAUACAAAGAUGGGAACUUUAUGAAGAGGGGCAGCCCUGUUGGACCUACAGAAGCUGGUGUUUAUGCUUAUACCAAGGGUUUGGCUCUCUAUAGGCAAAAACUGGAUGACAAUCUCUAGUCAACAAUUUUAUUUUUGUUUAAAAUCCAGGAUAAAGUUUUUGUUGGUAUUUUUCGACGAGUAUUCCAGAGGGUACACAGAUCUAAUGAAGCUGAUAUAACCUAUACAACUCACUGAUUCUUUUAUCUAUAGCAGCUAUUUAUGUUCGUCAAGCUGGUGUGGGUUUACUAGCAUUUGAGAAAGUAUUGAUCAUUAAGAGAGUUGUGAGAUAUAGAUUUGAUUUGAGUAAAAGAAGUAAGAUAUUGUUUUUAGUUACUGGCUAAUUUUUAUUUAUCCAAAUUUUUGAUUCAAUUGUCAA